GUUCAGUCAAGAAGAAAUGCUGCCAGUUGAAGCCUAGUCUGUGAUAGCGGUGGAAAACAACCAGUCUACUUCCCGGAAGAAUACAAGACUUCUCUGAUCUGGUUCGUCGGACAGAGUGACUUGCCACGCUCCGACUGCCCCCUUCUCCCCACAGAAUCAGACACCUCUUUGGUUGCAGUGAGACCCCACCUGCUCAGCCACAGCUGUACAUGGAGACCCCCAGUUGGGCAGAAACCAAACCAGGAAACGGGUUGUGUAAAACAGGAAGCAUUGCUCUCUUUGGAAACGUAGUGUAUAGUGGGCUACUGAACGAUCACUUCUGGCAUUUCGGGGUGCCCCUUGUCACAAGACUGGGUAACCAGGAGGCCCCAGCUCCCCCAGAAGCCAUGGCUCAGCCGUACGCUCCAGCGCAGUAUCCUCCCCCUCCACCUCAGAAUGGGUUGCCUGGCGAAUACACCCACCCUGGGCAGGACUACACGGGGCCCAGUCCGGUCCCUGAGCACGCCGCAGCCCUCACUAUCUACACACCCACACAGACACACAGCGAGCCACCUGGCACUGACAGCAGCACGCCGUCCCUCACAGGGACUAGCAGCAUACCACAAGCAGACGAUGUGGUGCAGACAGACGGCUCUCAGCAGCUUCAGCUCCAGCUCCAGCCCUCAGACUCUUCGGAGAAGCAGCAGCCCAAACGGUUACACGUCUCCAACAUUCCCUUCCGCUUCCGUGACCCAGACCUCCGGCAAAUGUUCGGGCAAUUUGGGAAAAUUUUGGAUGUGGAAAUUAUUUUUAACGAGCGGGGCUCUAAGGGUUUUGGUUUUGUUACUUUUGAAACAAGCGCAGAUGCAGACCACGCACGGGAGAAAUUAAAUGGCACAAUCGUAGAGGGACGCAAAAUUGAGGUAAAUAAUGCAACGGCACGAGUAAUGACAAACAAAAAAGUGGCCAACCCAUAUACAAACGUGACAGGCUUCCCCUAUCCGACUACAGGGGCGACGGUGGCUUACAGGGGCGCCCACUUGAGAGGCAGAGGUCGUGCCGUCUACAACACGUUCCGCGCCGUGCCUCCACCCCCUCCCAUUCCUGCUUACGGAGCUGUGGUUUACCAAGAUGGCUUCUACGGUGCUGAGAUCUAUGGUGGCUAUGCAGCAUACAGAUAUGCCCAACCAGCCGCAGCAGCUGCAGCGGCCUACAGUGACAGCUAUGGCAGAGUCUAUGCAACAGCAGACCCUUAUCACCACACGAUUGGACCUGCAGCCACGUACAGCGUGGGCACUAUGUAGAUAUAAAGAAAGAAGACAAUGGAGAAGAGCAUCAGCUAAAAAGGAACAAAAAGGAUAAAGGAUGAAAAGUGUCAAUGAAAAAAAAACAUACAAAAAGAAGUUAAGAGGAAAUCCUUACACCGAGGCUGUCAGGAGAAGGCAUUAUAUAUCUCUGUGGGGAUGCGAGACUGACACAGUCAAGCUGUGGAUGAAAAGAGGAGCUUAGCUUUCACCUGGGACAGCCUUUCGGGGUGGAGGAGAAGAGGAGAGGUCGUCAUAAAACUUUUUAUUUUUCUAAACUUUUUUAAG